AUUACUGACCGACAUUUAGCUAAUGAUAAAAAAUUAAACAAAAAAUUGGAUUCAAGUUUACUUUCUAGAAAUUGAUGCGUUAAAACAAAAACAAUCUUUAAUUACCCACUUAGAUUGACCUAAUAAUGGAGAAUUUAAUUUGGAUAGAUUGAAUGAGGUCUUAAAUUUUAUUCUUAUUGCCAUCAUUGUACAUAAAAAAAAUAAAAAAAUAAAUAAAAACCUUAAUUUAUGCAUGUAUAGCUUAGUGAAGCAAAUAUAUUAUGUAGUUAUACAUAAAUGACAUUAUGUACAUACUCUUGAUGUGGCAACAGGAGGUAAAAAAGAUAAUGCUACCAUCAUUUAUAGAGCUGGCAAACCAUGAAAACAUUACUCCACGACAACUAUUCAUCAAGGAUCACCAAGAGUUGCUAAAAAAGGGAGAGUCAUGGAUGAAAAGAACAGCUAACUCUUGUAUGGUUGUUUCAACCCUAAUUGCAAUAGGAGUGUUUUCUGCUGCCUUCAGCGUCCCAGGUGGUAACAACGACAACUUAGGAUCUCCCAAUUAUUUGACGAAACCCUGGUUCAUGGUAUUUGCAUUAUCAGAUGCAUUGGCAUUGGUCUCUUCCUCAACCUCAAUCCUAAUCUUCUUGUGCAUCCUCAUUUCACGAUAUGCUGAGGAAGACUUUCUCAAGUCAUUGCCAUUGAAGUUGAUAUUUGGACUAGUGGCAUUGUUUAUCUCAAUUAUCAGCAUGAUGGUGUCAUUUAGUAGUGCUUUCUUCAUAACGUAUUACCAUGGUACAACGUGGGUUCCUAUCUUCAUAGCUUCACUUGCGAUUUUACCAAUAACCUUGUUUAUAUUUCUGCAGUAUCCUCUCUGGUAUGACAUAUUGUGUUCCACCUACAUUUGUGGUUCUCUGUUUAGACCAAGUAAACGCAUGAUUCACUAGAGAGGUUGUGGCCUUGUGCUUGAUAAUAAAUUUUCAUUUUCUUUGGUCUGCGUCUAAUUUUUGUGACUUA